AUGAAACGUCAUCUGCUCUAUGGGGAGGCGGCAUUGGGUACCUGCAAAGGGACUCCAACGCUCAAGUUUGUUAUUGAUAUCUUUGUUGCUGGUUUGACGGAGUCCACCUUGGGUGUUAUCCUAGUUUGUUGGGAUAGUGGUGGUUUGAUUGGAGCGAUUUGUUUGGAGGAGGAUAUCUGUGACAAUUAUACCGAGCUCCAAAAUUAUUGUGAUUGUGGGUCAGUGUUUGAGUACCAGUUCAGUAUCAUAUUUGAUCAUAUGGAGGUGUUUGGUAGUAAGAUGGGACUUGUGAGUAUGGUGGUUGAGUACAAUGUUGAGGAGGUGGUUGAUAGGUUGAGGUUGAUAACCAUAGGGAGGCCCACCAUAUCUAUUGGAUUGUUCAGAGAAUACGUCAGCGUACAACUAACUAACACAAUAGGAACCCUUAGCUCGGCUAUUACGGAUGCUGAUAUCAUUGAACUUGGAGUAAGUCACGAUGUACUACCACAACAAGACGACGAUGUUCAAGAAGAAGACGAGGUCGACGUGGACGAAGAAGAGGAAGAUGAGUUCGAUGAUCAGGAAACUACCUUAAAAAAUGAGGAUGGUGAACUAGAGGAAGAAGAUGAUGAAUCUGAAUAUGAUUAA